AUGAACGCUGAACGCGUUCCACAGCAAAGCGCGCCACCGGUACGACAAGCAAAGCCUCCACCCACCGGCCCUGCACCUCCGGCACCUGCCACUGCACCUCCUGCACCUCCGAACCACACACACAGUGUCAAUGGUCACCCCCCACCGCAGAAUGCGAAGGGGAAGAAACGGAAUGACGUCCCUGUUGACCCUGCCACGAUGUACGAGUCCCUCAAAAGUCGAAUAGCAGCUUUGGAAGAGGAGGAGGUACUUGAAGAAGAAGAGGAACGAAGGUUCGCUGAAGAAGCUCAGAAAUCAGUCAAGGGCCUCGAGGAGAAUGCCGUGCACAGCAGAUAUAUCGAGCUGUUUGCGGAACUAAAGCGCGUGGAGCGAGACCACGCAAAGGAGAAGCAGAAAUUGGUUAAGGACAAGGAUGCUGCCAAAAGUCAAUUGACGAAGGCGAAUCAGACCAAGACCAAAAUGGAGAACCUUGCUCGCGAACUCCAGAAAGACAACAAACGCUUACGGGAGGACGGCAAACGGCUGGCCCAGAGCGUGGAAGAAGCUCAAGAGGAGCUCCUGCGGAUGAAAAAUGACUUUGCGAAACGUGUCGACAAGACUAAGCAGCAGGACGUCAAGUACCGAGAAGCGCCCGACAUCGUCGUCAAGGUCGUCUGUCGCUACCGCCACGAACUCUUCUUCAAGAUAUCUCGCAAGAUAAAACUCUCGCGUCUGAUCAACUCCUGGAAGGAACGGAUGGAACGUAACUGCGGGAGCAGCGCUGAUGGGAAGGAGAACGGAUCUGCCAACACAGAUGCUGCGAGCACUAAUUCUUCGUCGAGUUCCGCGUCGAGCCUUGGGAUGGACUUCAUCUUCACAUACAAUGGCAGGAUGCUGGACGCUGAGCAAACUCCAGAGGAGAUUGGAAUUGAGGAAGGGGAUGAGAUUGUGGCUGUCGAGCUGAUGGAUUUGACAGAGAAUGGCGGUGGAUCGGAAGAAUGGGAGGAGCAUGUGGAACCCAGACGCGAAAAGUUGAAGAAGGAAUGGAAAGACGAUCCAGAGGAAGCUAAACGUUCAGUGGAGGAAAUCUUCGACAGCGUCGUUCGUGAGAGACUGAAGGAGGUCCUUCGUCAAUACGAGCUUCGGGAGCGUCAUUUCGAAUGCGUCAUUCGAUCAAAAGAACUGGAGGUAUUAUUAUCUCGUGCUCGUGCGGCAGAGCAAAAACAGUUAGCAGAGGGCGAAAAAGGUCGGGCGAACAAGCAAGAGGAUGAGAACCGUCAGCUCAGAAAGGACCUGGAAGACGCUCAGAAUGGGCAAACUAUGCUCAUUGACAAGCUGAUCACCUGCUGUAAAGAGAUCAUCCAGAAGCCCAAUGCAGAGAGGACACAGCGUCUUUUCGCCUCUCUUCGGGAGGAGCUGGAACGAAAAGGUCCUAGGACGGCUGCGAAGAAGCUCCCAGAUAGUCCUGCUGGCGGGUGA